CCGUCCGCAUGGACCACCCCCAUGGCCCACCUCCAGGGACCGCGCUGGAUCCCCCCGCCAGCCCACGACCGGACAGUCCGACUCCGACUGAGGGGCACCAAUUUAGGUAACCGAGGAUAUAUUCAGCUUCUCUCCCAACAACUGCGGGUGCAUUCUUCCCAUCAAUCUCCCGAGUAUGGCUAUCAAACAGAUCGUGUGCUCCGGCACACCCUACGAGAUCGGCCACGAGCAUGGCUCGCAAGCGGCAACCGAAAUCGAGCGCGCGAUCACUUUCUACGCAAAGAUGUUCGCAAAACACAGCAAGCUCGACUGGGCCCAGGUCCAGGAUCUCGCGCGCGAUUUUGACGGCUUGAUCCGGGAGAAGUGGCCGAGAUAUUACGAGGAGCUUCAGGGAAUCGCGGCCGGUGCAAAGCGCGACUUGAUCGAUAUAAUCGCCUUAAAUGUCCGGACCGAGAUUGUCUUUGGGCAGUUCAGCGAUGGGUGCACGAGUCUCUAUUACCAGGGCGAUGGGAUCUCCUUCCAGGGGCAGAAUUGGGAUUGGGACGAAGAACAAGGCGAAAACCUAAUCCUAGUAACAAUCAUCCAACCAGAUCUACCCACAAUCAAAAUGAUUACCGAGGCCGGGCAGAUCGGGAAAAUCGGACUCAACUCCGCCGGGGUCGGUGUGUGCUUCAACGCAAUUCGCGCAAAGGGCAUGGAUAAGACGCGCAUCCCUGUUCACCUGGGGCUUCGAAUAGCCCUGGAAAGCUGGUCUGCGAUCGAAGCGGUCCAAAACAUAGAACGAGUGGGGAUGGCUAGCUCGGCGCAUAUACUUCUCGGAGACACGACGACGGCAGUGGGGUUGGAAUUCACGGCUUCGACUUUUGCGCGUAUUCCUGUUAAUGGGAAGGGGUAUAUAGUUCAUACGAACCAUAUGUUGCUUGAGCAUAAGGAUAUUAAUGAGCCUGUCUGGUUGAAGGACUCGCCGGUGCGUGUGCAGACGAUGGGGGAGAAUAUCGCGAAGCUCGGGCCUGUGACAUGGGAUGGUUUCAAGGGCCUUUUUGCAGACGAGACGCACUUCCCUUGUUCGAUUAAUCGUGCAGCAGAGGGUGGCAGCGAUAUUGCGACGCUGUUUAACAUUGUCAUGGAUCUGGGGGGUAAGAGAGCGGAAGUGACAAUGGGAAGAUUAACAAGUGGUGUCGAGGGUGAAAGCAUUAUUCUCAGUUUCGACCAAUAGCUGCUUUAUCUCUACCUUGUAUUUAGUUCGGCUUACUCUUUUGAAAGAACCGGCAGUAUGAGCAUGUCUGGUAGUGAAAGAGCAGCAUUGUCCCAUCAAUAAGCUCCCCAAUAAAGGACCCUUUG